AUGGUGGUGGGGGACCGGGCACCAGCCCCCAGGUGUCAGAGAGCGCCCAACAGUGGAAGCGCCGUCUUUCAGUUCAGAAUGUCUGCCAACAGCGGUCUCUUGCCCGCUGCGAUGGUCAUGCCUUUGCUCGGACUGGUCAUGAAGGAACGCUGCCAGGCUGCCGGGAACCCCUACUUCGAGCACUUUAGAAUUGUGGUGGCGGCCACCGGCAUGGCAGUGGCCCUCUUCUCGUCGGUGUUGGCACUGGGCAUCACUCGCCCAGUGCCCACCAACACUUGUAUCAUCUCGGGCUUGGCUGGCUGUGUCAUCACGUAUAUCAUGAAGCACUCGCUGAGGGUGGGUGAGGUCAUCGAGGUCCUGUUGAUCUUCGUCUACCUCAACAUGAUCGCUGUACCUGUGCUCCCCUGCUGCUUCACCACUGGGGAGGCGCUGCUGGUGUUGGGUGGCAUCAGCUUCAUGCUCAACCAGCUCAUCAAGCGCUCUCUGACCGUGGUGGAAAGCCAGGGAGACCCGGUGGACUUCCUCCUGCUGGUGGCAGUGACGGGGAUGGUCCUCAUGGACAUCAUCUUCAGCACCCUCUUUGUCUUCAUGGACUCGGGGACCUGGGCCUCCUCCAUCUUCUUCCACCUGAUGACCUGUGUGCUGGGCCUCGGCGUGGCCCUGCCCUGGCUCUAUCGGCUCAUCCGGAGGAACCCCCUGUUCUGGCUUUUUGAAUUCCUCUUCCAGACAGAAACCCGCCUCUACCUCCUAGCCUACUGGUCUCUGCUGGCCACCUUUGCCUGCCUGGUGGUCGUGUACCAGAAUGCCAAGCGGUCAUCUUCCGAAUCCAAGAAGCACCAGGCCCCCACCAUUACCCGGAAAUAUUUCCACUUCAUUGUGGUCGCCACCUACGUCCCAGGUAUCAUCUUUGACCGACCACUGCUCCACGUGGCCGCCACUGUGUGUCUGGCAGUCUUCAUCUUUCUAGAGUAUGUGCGCUAUUUCCGCAUUCGGCCCCUGGGCCACACUCUGCGCAGCCUCCUCUCCCUCUUCCUGGAUGAA